GGUGUCAACAUUCCUGAUGCUAGGUGUCGCUUUACGCUAAAACCCACUGCAUAUAAAUUGGGCUGGUGUUUGGCUACAUGGAGUGCUCGCCUCAUCCUUGAAUUCUAAUAAGAGACAUCCUUUUCAGUCUACUCUGCUAUCGUUCUUCAGCCAUGCUCAACAGUACCAUCGCUCUUCACGGAGUCGCCAUCAAUGUCCCAAAGGACGUUUACGGCGACGCAUCCUACUUGGCCAGCGAAUUCGUUCCCAGUAAUCCUACGGCCCCUAUCAUUGUCUUGUCCGAGUUCAUCGAGUACUGCUCCACAAAGAACUCUGGCGUUGCUAUCGCUGCGUUCCAGCAUUUCCACGCGUCGUACUGCUCAGUGGAUAAUAUCCAUGUCGUCAUCUUGGAUCACAAGUUGUCUAGGGACCAGGCGCACGCAGUUCUCCGAGGUUACUACUCGGUAUGGACAGAGCUCGAGUCGCGUGGAAUUCUCCCUGAUGUUCCACGUCCAGCUCUGUUUACCGAUGGCAAGGCAAAGCUUGUGGCUAUGUUUGGUGGCCAGGACGGUAUGAAUGAUUAUUUUGAGGAGGGCGCUUUGGUGCUCCAUACCUUUCAUACGGUGCUGCACGAGUUUGUCAACGAGAUAUCAGGCUUUGUCCGACGCACGUCUUGCGACAAAAGACUGGCUGCGGUCUACAAGUACCCCUUGGAUAUGGUUCGUUGGAUUACUUUGCCAGAUACCCGACCACCAGCCCAGUACCUCUCUCGUACGCCAGUGUCUAUUGUUACUGUGGCAGUUGUUCAGCUAAUGCACCUGAUGGUCUUGUAUAAGACGCUCAGGCUUAGUCCAGGCGAACUUUCUCGGUCAUUCAAAGGAGCUAUUGGCCAUUGCCAGGGACUUGUAUUUGCUACAUUGUUCGCUUCGUUGACUGAUGAACAGUCUUUUUAUGAUUCCUCCAAGAAGGCGCUGGGUAUUCUGAUGGUGGCUGCGGCAAAGAAUCAGAUGUGCACGCCUCAGGAUACGCUCAACAGCGAUAGUUUUGCCGAGUACAUUUACCGCGAGGGUACGCCUUCCCCGAUGGUUGCGGUUCGUGGUAUUAACAGACCUACUAUCGAUGCGCUGAUUGCUCGGUUUAACCAGCACAGCACCCGGCCGACUGACUGCGUAUUCCUGGCGAUCAUCAACAGCCAUGAUAGCUUUGUUGUCACUGGUCGCACCACAGUCGUUUUCCAGUUCAUGAAGAUGGUUCGUGCAAGCUAUGCCCAUCCGGACGAAGACCAAUCGGAUAUCCCACCCUCGCUACGCAGGCCAGUUGCACCACAAGGUUUCCUGAACAUCAACAUCGUUGGCCAUUGCGAGCUUUUGCAGGAGUCAGCCAACUGGGUGUAUCCUGUUAUUGUCGAUGAAGGGUGGGGCAUCGCAGCUUCUGACCUGAAUAUCGCUGUCUACACUGGAGCCGAUGCCCAUGAUCUUCGCUCAGAGACCAAUGCUACACGUACAAUUGUUGAUGAGCUUUGCAUUCGUCUUAUCAACUGGCCAGCAUCUGUUAGCAGCGUGGACGCAACACAUUUCGUCGACUUCAGUACGGGCGGGUUCAGUGUUUUCUCUCGGCUGACGCAUAGUGUUAUUCAUGACAAAGGCACGACCAUCAUUAGUGCCACAUCGCUCACUGCAGAUCCCAAAUCGCGCUUCGGGUCCAAGGCCGAUCUCUUCAGAUCAGAGCUUGAUCGCGUCUUCUCUGCACCCAACUGGCAAAACGACUAUACCCAUCAGCUAGCCCGCUUUGCUCUUGACGGGAGAAUAUACAUCGACUCACCUCUGGCGCGCAUUCUUGGCUUGCCGCCAGUUAUACUUGCAGAGGCAUCCCCACCCGUUUCCAACGACCGGUUUGUGGCAGAGGCUAGCAAUGCCGGGUACCACGUCGAGCUGUGUGGUAGCCAUAUGUACCGCGAGAAGGCGUUCAGGGAGAGAGUCCACAGAGUCCAUGCAUUGCUCACACCUGGCCAUGGCUUUGCCGUUAACAUUGACUAUGCGAACCAGAACCAGUGGUCAUUCCAGUAUCCGGAAGUCCUGCGCAUGCGUAGAGACGGUGUUCCAAUCACUGGUCUCACCAUCAGUGGCGGCGUUCCGUCAGCUGAUACCGGCAGUGCAAUUAUCCGCGACCUUCAAAAGACUGGGAUUCGGCAUGUUUCGUUCCACCCGGACUCAGCACUUGGUAUCCGUCAAGUCCUCCAGAUUGCCACCGCCAGCACAGGGUUCCCGGUACUGAUACAGUGGAUGAGCAGACACACCAGUAGCCAAAAAACAGCCAAGGAUUUCCACCAGCCAAUUCUCGAGACAUACAGCGAGAUCCGAUCGCUGCACAAUGUGUUCCUUGUUCUAGGACUCGAGUUCAGCGUAGCUGAGGAGGCACUGCCAUACUACACUGGCGAAUGGAGUCUCCAAUUCGACUGCGCGCGUAUGCCAGUUGACGGUGUGGUUCCAUUGUCAAGCCAGGUGAUGGACACUGCUGGGGAUACCCCAGCCGAUGACAUCAACCUUUCCUUGGUGCAUGAUGUCCGGGUUAUUAAGGAGCUGUAUCAGCUUGUAUUCUCGCAUCCGGUGGACAUGCAUGCUGGCCUGCUCACCACGCAUCGAGAGCAAAUUAUCAGGCUACUCUGCAGCUAUUCUGCGCGGCCAUGGUUUGGCAUAAAUGCAGAUGGAGGUGUGGUAGAACUGCAGGACAUGACAUAUAUGGAAGUCAUCGGCCGCCUUGUCGAACUCAUGUAUACCUGCCACAAAUCACAGUGGCUUGACAUUUCCCAUCGGAAUUUGGUCAGCAAAUUUCUGAGACGUGUAGAAGACAGAUUCUCCAAAUCCACGCGGCUGCGCAUAUUCCAGAGGCAUAAUAUGAUAAACGAUCCGGCCGAGAAAAUCGAAAACUUGUUAGAGGUUUUCCCUGCAAUCUGCGAGACCCAGUUGUUUGCUGAAGAUGUUGACUACCUCGUCGGGCUUUGUAGACGCACAGAAGGCAAAGGCAUCCCAUUCGUCCCUAUUGUCGACACAGACAUUUAUGCAUGGCUCAAGAGCGGGGACUACUUGGCGGUCAAGGACUCGUCUCUAAUUGCCAACAGUGAGCCCUGGGAGAUGGUUGUUCGGGGAAGUCAUGCACCGGGCGUAAACGCAGAUAUGGUCUGGCUACAUACACAAGGCAUGGUCAGUAGCAUUAACGCCGUGCUUGUUGACCUGAUCAUCCAGAAUCAGUACGAUGGCGAUAUUUCCAGAGUGCCACGUGUGGAGUACAUCAGCCCGGAUAUUGCGUCAGCACCACCUGUCUCAUCGGUCACAUCAGCUAUUAAUCCGUCGGAACUCACAUACGUGUUACCGGCCGAGAAGGCCCGGCUCCCAAGUGCUGAUUCAUGGUUGAGCACCCUGGCAGGCGCAGAGAAGAGCUGGCUUAGCGCGCUGCUGACCGCAUCAGAUAUUAUUAGAGGCACGAGGUAUGCCAGAAAUGCUAUCCGGCGGAUUUUGAGGCCGCUUCCCGGGCAUUCGGUAAAGGUUACACUGGACAACGGGUUUCCAUCCAGGCUGGAAGUUUUUGAUCUUCAAGGAAUGACCGAUGUCUCCAUCUCUAUCGACAAAUCCCGUGCCAUUACUGCGACUAUCUUCCACCGCAUCUUUGAAAACACUUUCGAGCUCGAACUUGUCUACAAGUAUGAGCCGACACUGCCAAUAUCCCCAAUAGUCGAGAUUGGUGAUGGUCGUCUUGAGAGAAUCCAGAGCAUCAUGGUGGCAGCGCUGAAACUGGGGGCAGACAUCCCAGAUAUUGAGGCUGUCGACGUGUCCCUUGAUGCUGUGCCUGUGAAGUGCAAGCCGUACACUGUUACCGAGGGCCUUGUUCGUCGCCUGUGUAACAGUGUUCCCAACAUGUUGGAUAGCUACAUGCGGCAUUCGGACGGCACCCAACUUGCCCCAAUGGACGUUCUGUUCUAUGCUACCUGGCCUGGUUUUGCGGCCAUACAGAUGUCACCUGCGUUAUACGAUGGCGCAUUGGACAACGUCCACCUCUACAACAGGUUUUCACUGUCAGAAGGUGCGCAGCUGCUUCAUGUGGGAGAUAUAGUGGACAGCGACAUCCGCGUCACAUCUCUGGAAAACACUCCUAUUGGGAGAAAGGUGACGCUUGUGUCUCGUCUGUUCCGAGAUGGAGCUCAGUUCGCGACAAUCGAGAGCGCCGUUCUCUCACGCAACGUAUUUGCUGACUAUUCUCAGACGUUCAAGGCUGUUGAUGAACCCAUCUCACGAGUAACACUUGUGACCGCUGAGGACGUUGCUGUCUUGCGGUCCAAGGAGUGGUUUGUUUACCCUAUGUCAUCCACAGAUAUAGAACUGACUGUUGGCCAAACGCUGGAGUUCAGCUUGAAAUCGGUUUAUCGUUACAAAUCCGACAAGCAGUAUUCAUAUAUCCAGACAACAGGCUCAGUUUAUAUUGUGGAACUAGCAGCCAAACGCUACCAUAUUGCAAAUGUCGAUUAUAUCAGCAUCGAUGUGUAUGGUAAUGCUGUCGUUGAGUACCUAAAGAAAUCUUCAGUGGGUGUGGAUCAGGAGAAUACCUACGAGAACGAGGGAGUACCUAUUAGCAAGGGUGAUGCUCUUACUGAUUCCUUUGUCUUCGCACCUAAAGAUAACUGGGAGUAUGCCCAUGUCUCAGGUGAUUACAACAUCAUCCACACAAAUCCCUACGUUGCCAACUACGUCGGGUUGCCUGGACAGAUCUGCCAUGGCAUGUGGACCUCGGCAUCGACAAGGGCGCAUGUCGAGCGGUUUGCUGCUAACGGUGACCCUAGUCGUGUGCGCUCUUACCAGGCCAACUUUGUUGGAAUGGUUCUGCCUGGAGACCAACUCGAUACCAAGCUGCUCCAUGUGGGCAUGAAGCGUGGGCUUAUGCUUGUCGCCGGGAAAACACUCAACCAGCAUGGUGACCUCGUGCUGACUUGCACAGCAGAGGUGGAGCAGCCCAAGUCGGCGUAUAUAUUCACUGGCCAAGGGCAGUCCGCGCGGACUGUCUGGAGCCGUGCUGAGAGAUAUAUGACACACACCUAUGGUGUAUCGUUGAUGCACAUACUGAAAAACAACCCCAAGGAAUACUUGGUGAAGUUUGGUGGUGAUGUUGGGCGCAGAAUUCGGUCAAAAUACCUGAGUCUUCAGCGCACACAUGCUGGUGUAACGACGCAGCUUGUUCCGGGGAUCACAGAGAGUUCACAUCACUAUAUUCACAAGUCUGCCAAUGGCCUGCUUAACGCCACGCUGUUCACUCAGCCGAUACAGACAGUUAUGUCGCUGGCGCAGAUUGCUGACAUGCGCGCACACGGGGUUGUCCAAGAGGAUGCUCAAUUCGCUGGCCACUCACUCGGGGAAAUCGGAUCACUAGCUGCAAUGACUGAAGUUUUGUCUGUUGAGGACGCGGUCGACAUUGCACUUUACCGCGGUCUGCUACUUCAUGCAUCUGUAGAGCGCGAUGACCAAGGACUCUCGCAGUAUGCAAUGGUUUCAGUAAACCCAAAGAGCAUUGGCAACGGGUUCAGCGAGACCCAUCUCCAAGAAAUCAUUUGCCAGAUUCGUAGCCGCCGACAGGAGCUACUUGAGGUCAUCAACUACAAUGUUGAUGGCAUCCAAUAUGUCGUUACUGGCCAUACGGACUCACUCGAGGCAAUGAAGAGAGUGAUAGGCGCAUUGGUCAGGGAGCACGUUGUGUGUAGCGACCCAAGCAGCAUGGCCACUAUACGCUCGGCCGUGCAGAGCGUGCUGGCGGAAACGAUUGCUGGUGUUGCUCUCGAGAGCGGCAAAGGCACCACAGUAAUCCCUGGCGUCGAUGUCCCGUCACACUCUAGCCAGCUUGUUUCCAGUGUGGACUCGUUCCGGGGUGUUCUUGUGCAGAGAAUCCCGGUAACUGAUUGUUUGCCCAAGAAGCUCUGUGGACGCUACAUUCCAAACAUGACAGGCACUCUAUUCAGCAUUUCGCUUGGGUUCAUUCAGGAUAUUUAUGAUAUCUGCAAGUCAGAUGCCAUACAUUCGAUACUCAAGUCUUGGAACGAUUCCAAGUACGAGGAAAGCUCAGCAAGGGCACAGCUUGCGCACACUCUCCUCAUUGAGCUCCUGGCAUUCCAGUUUGCCUCAUCGGUGCGCUGGAUCGACACACAGAAUACUCUGUUUAAAUACUCCGCGAUUACACGGCUGGUGGAGAUUGGACCAAGUGGCUCGCUGUGCCGUAUGGCGCGCCAAACAUUGACACCAGAGUAUGGUGUUCGAAGAGAGGUGGAAUUUCUUCAUGUUGGCGAUGACAAGGAUAGGAUCUAUUUCCUAGACGAUCCCGAGAACACCGACCCUGCUGCAGCUGACAACGUGUCGGAAAAGUCCGUGACCGAGUCAAAGCAUGAGUUGCUACCUAGUCCAAUCGAUAGCUCGCCAUUACUCAUGGAAGCUGACACAGUGCAGCCGUCAGUGGCAGCUCAGUCAAUUGAAGAUGCUCCUCUCCAAGUGACACAUAUUCUUCUCUCGGUUGUCGGGCAGAAACUGCGCAAGAGCAUGCUUGACAUUCCAUUGAGCAAGUCAGUCAAAGAGCUCGUUGCUGGCAAGUCCACGCUGCAAAACGAGAUUGUCGGCAUUAUGCAAAAGGAGUUUGGGAAAAGCUUCCCUAAUAAUGUUGCCGAGAAGCCGCUGCAAGAUGUUGCAAAUAGCCUUGGGUCAAUCGUGAGCUCGCUUGGGAAGCAUUCAACAGCAGCCAUCCAGCGCUUGUUUGCAGCCAAAAUCCCAAGUGCAUUCUCGCAGGCAAAGGCUCGAGCAUAUCUCAAAUCGACCUAUGGGCUUGGUAGGGGUCGACAGGAUGCAGUUUUGCUGGUUGCAACCACUCUCGAACCAGCUAAGCGCCUAGAAGAUGAGGCCGUGGCAAAGCCGUGGUUGGACGAUGUAGUUCACAAGUAUUCGAUGCUUUCUGGGCUAGUGUUGUCAAGGGAAUCUGCCCAUGCGAUUACUCCCCAUGGCCACGCUUCGACCGUUGUCGAUAGCAGAGAACUGGAGGCUCUGAAGAACACACAAAACAGUCUGGCUCUCAGGCAGAUGCAGCUGCUUGCAGAGAGCAUUGGUGUGAAUCUCCAGGAAGGAACCAAAACAGUUGAGGAAAUUCGCGAGAGGCUCUUGGAGCAGACCAAGGAGAUGGAGCAUAUUCGUGGGGAUAUCGGUGAUGAUUUCAUCCAGAAAACAAAGCCCCUGUUUAGUUCGCUGAAGGCUCGACGCUACAACUCGUACUGGAAUUGGGCCCGCCAGGAUGCUAUGCAGUGGAUAUGCGACAUUUUGUCAGGGAAAGAGGAUCCCGACCAGGAAACAGUCUCAAAGAGACUGCAUAUGCUGCGCAACCGCUCGACAUCUGGGCUGAUGAAAAUGCUAGAUGGAAUUAUCGCGACUUUGACUGGGUCCACAGAUCCACUUUCAGCGAAAGCACUCCUUAUGGCAAAGAAUAUGCACGCUACUUGCUUAAAUUCUACACAGGCAGAUCCUGUUUAUAGACAGCUGUCAGCUCCAUUAGCUCCUCGUACAUAUAUCAAUGUAAAGGGUGAUGUGAUAUAUUCCGAAAUCCCACGUAAUGGCGAGUCUGAUAUCAUGGAUUACGUUCGGAAUAUGCAGAAACCUGAUGAAGAAGGGGUGCCGCAUAUAUAUAUGUGCCAGAAGGACAAAUCAAGAAACUGGUUCUAUUGCGAGUCACUGUCAGCUAAAUAUUUCCAUGGCCUUACUGAAAUUGCUACAAGAGGGUUAUCAUUUAAAGGCAGAGUUGCGCUGGUUACUGGAUGCGGCAAAAACUCCAUCGGGUCAGGGCUGGUUGAAGGGCUGCUUUCAGGAGGAGCGCGGGUGAUCGCAACAACGUCGAGCUUCAACAUGAAGUCAAUUCGCUUCUUUGAAGAAAUGUAUCGCAAGUUUGGCGCCCGCGGUUCGGAGCUGGUACUCGUUCCAUUUAACCAAGCCUCAGUCCAAGAUGUUGAGCAGCUGUUCGAGUAUAUCUAUAGCAAGGAGGGACUUGGGUUGGAUAUAGAUUUCGUCCUACCGUUUGCCGCUUUCCCCGAACAUGGAAAGGAUAUGACCAGUGUUGACUCCAACUCAGAAUUGACCCUUCGAAUUCUGCUUACCAACCUUUAUCGAAUGUUUGGCCAGAUAAAAGCAGCCAAAAUCAAAUACUCCAACCUUAUCACCCCUACAGUUGUUGUGCUACCACAUUCACCGAACCAAGGAUUAAUAGGUGAUGAUGGUAUGUAUGGCGAGACAAAGGCCGCCUUGCAUACAUUAUACAAUCGUUGGUACACUGAGUCUUGGUCCGAGUACUUGUCGAUCACUGGGGGCGAUAUUGGCUGGACACGCAGCACAAACAUGACAUAUGGGAGUGUUAAUGUAUACGACAGUGUUGAAAAGAAUGGCAUUCGAACAUUUUCCCGAGACGAAAUGGCAUUUAACAUCCUUGGACUUUUAACGCCAGAAAUGAUUGAACUUUCGUACAAUUCUCCACUGUUUGGAAGCUUUAACGGUGGCACUUUAUACGACUUUGAUAUAAAGAACAUCCAUGCUAGUAGUCGAACACAGAUGGCGAAUGAGCGUUCAAUGCGGAAGGCUGUGUUGCAAGCACUUGCAGAAGAAGGGUAUGCUGAACUGUUAGAGGACGCUGGGUUAUUAACUUACCUGCAUAUCACAGACCCACUUGCAACGCACAGCAUAGCAAGCCCUAAGGUCAAGUCUUAUGAACAGCUAUCUCAUCUGCACUAUUUGGAGGGGAUGGUAGACUUGGAUAAGGUUGUGGUAGUUACUGGGUUUGGCGAAGUUGGUCCAUUUGGAAACUCCGCUCUGCGAUGGGAGAGAGAGGCAUUUGGCGAGUUUUCAAUUGAAGGAUGCAUCGAGCUAGCCUGGAUCAUGGGCUUGAUUAAGCACAUCUCUGGCAAGCACCCAACAACCGGUGAAGACUAUAUUGGAUGGGUUGAUGCCCAGUCUCUGGAGCCGGUCCGUGAUGCUGAUAUCAAGGCCAAUUACGAGGACCAGAUUCUUGCACAUACUGGAAUUCGUGUGCUUGAGAAAGACAUGUGCGAAAGCGGUGAUCCAUACCAGAAGAACUUUGUUUCUGAGCUGCAGGUCGAUCAAGAUCUGGAACCGUUUGAGACCACUGAAGAGGAAGCUGCCAAUUACAAGCGCAGCCAUGGUAAGAGAGUCGACGUGUGGGCAAAUCCGGCUGGCUCGUGGUCAGUCAAGCUGCUCAAAGGCGCGAUUAUUCUUGUUCCGAAGGCGCUGAGGUACACGCGGUCGGUUGCUGCCCAGCUUCCAACUGGAUGGGAUCCCGUUAGACUGGGCUUGCCUCAGAGCCUUGUUGGCCAGAUGGACCCAGUAAACAUCUAUGCGGUGGUGGCCACAGUUGAGGCACUAGUUCGGUCAGGAAUCACCGACCCCUAUGAGAUCUAUCAGUACUUCCAUGUUUCUGAGGUUGGCCACUCAGUCGGGUCAUGUAUUGGAGGGAAUACGAGUCUGUCGGGUGUGUUCCGUGGACGGUGGGCUGAGCGCGUAUCAAAUCCAGAGGUUCUACUAGAGGCCUCAAUCAACACUACAAGCACAUGGAUUAAUUCUCUCAUCCUAUCGGCCUCAGGGCCACUCAAGCCUUCUGUCGGAGCGUGCGCUACAUCAACGAUGACACUUGAUAUCGCUGUAGAAACAAUUCAGAGCGGUAAAGCCAAAAUAAUGGUUACUGGUGCGGUUGACGCACUAUCACAGGAUAUAUCAAACGAACUUGCUAUUAUGAGUGCCACCGCUGAUGCCGAUGAUGAGGCCGAACAUGGGCGGUUCCCAUCAGAAAUGUGCCGACCAUGUACAACAACAAGGAAUGGAUUCACUGAGGGAUAUGGUUCAGGAAUAGCGGUUCUUAUGUCAGCAUCAGCUGCUAUCGAAAUGGGUGCGCCAAUAUAUGGCGUUCUGGCCAUGUCAACAACUGCAUCAGACAAACUGUCUCGAAACUUUACUGCACCUGGCCAGGGAAUUUUAACCAUGGGCCGGGAAAGCGAAAGCUCUGGCAAUUCACCGGUUCUAGAUAUUAGGUUCCGACGCCGCAUGUUCAACCAUAACAUUUCGUACAUUGAGAGCAUGGUUGCUGAAAGCGUACGUAGUGGUAACGACAUUCCACAACACCAAAUAACAAAGCUAAAGAAGAUCGCACAGAGCUCGUGGGGAAACGAGUUUUACAAGAACGACCCAACUAUUUCACCUCUACGUGGUGCGUUAGCAGCUUGGGGACUAGGACCAGACGAUAUUGACAUCGUAUCAUUCCACGGUACAUCCACAACACUCAAUGACAGGAAUGAGUCGGAGGUAGUCCAUACUCUAUUGUCACAAUUAGGUCGCACACCUGGACUACCAGUACCGGUGGUAUGUCAGAAAUGGCUUACCGGUCACCCAAAGGCUGUGGCAGCCCAGGUGAUGAUGAAUGGGCUUCUGCAGGCAAUGGAUGCCGGAAUAGUGCCUGGCAACGAGAAUGCAGAUAACAUCGAUAUGGGAUUCGAGCAGUAUGACUAUCUUGUGUAUCCGAGCAGAUCAUACCGUGUUCCUACGAUUAAAGCAGCUCUGCUUACAUCGUUUGGUCUUGGCCAGGCAAAUGGCAGUGCCCUUGUAGUCCACCCGGACUACUUACUUGCUACGUUGACAAAAGGGGAGCUUGAAUCAUAUCAGGCGAAGAAUAGUGAGCGGAUAAGAAAAUCACAAGGUUACGUUUCAGAUGUGUUAGCAGGAAAGCACACAUUUGUGCAAGUGAAAGAGGCACCACCAUAUAGAACUGAUCAAGAAAAGCAUGUGUAUUUGGAUUCACUUGCUCGAGCAAAAUAUGAUCCAAGUACAAAAUCGUAUCAUUACUAACAAUAACUCAUAAUAGUAACUUGUAUCCAAGUUGUCACCAUUAAUGGAGGCCAUUCCUAAGUAAGAAAGUUUAAAGAAACUAAAUAUCUAUUAUCAGAAUAACCG